GCAAAACCCGUGUGCUCCGUUUUCACAGACGCGGCGUUGUAUCGCCGAUAAUUUCGAUUGAGUUCUAAUUUAGUGUUUGAUUUCGUUUCUCUCGUAUCUGAAUCCAAAGAGCCGACGAUUUUAUCUGCGAAUUUCGUACUGGGUUUCGGUGGGUUGCUUGUGUGGUGAGCUUAAGACAGGGGAGAAGAGUAGAAGAGAAGAGAUGACGAAAGCCAGUAAAACUCGCAAGUUCGCUCAAUUGAAGCGUAUUCUGGCGCCGAAAGGAAUUAAACAGUACAAGGACGAUGUUCUGAACCCAAAGAGGAAGGAUACUUCCUUGGAGAAGCUCCCCAGAAACGUACCAAAUACUUCAUCAGCUCUUUUCUUCAAACAUAACUCUGCGCUUGGACCACCGUACCAAGUCUUGGUUGAUACAAACUUUAUCAACUUCUCAAUCCAAAAUAAGUUGGACCUGGAGAAGGCCAUGAUGGAUUGCUUGUAUGCCAAAUGUACACCUUGUAUCACAGAUUGUGUAAUGGCUGAGCUGGAGAAAUUGGGUCAAAAAUAUCGAGUUGCUUUAAGGGUUGCAAAGGAUCCGAGAUUUGAAACGCUGCCUUGCACUCACAAGGGUACAUAUGCUGAUGAUUGCAUUGUGGAGCGUGUUACUCGAAAUAAGUGUUACAUUGUGGCCACGUGUGAUCGAGACUUAAAGCGUCGCAUUCGGAAGAUCCCUGGUGUUCCAAUAAUGUUCAUCUCGCAGCACCAAUACUCGAUUGAGAGGUUACCUGAAGCUACAAUAGGAGGAGCUCCACGAAAGUGAAGACUAGUAAGCUUAUACAUUUCUGUAUGGCGGUGUGCUUGCUAAUACUGAAGUCGGAGUCAAAUCUCAAAGCUCUUCGAAGUACUGGUGAAUCAUUAUGCAGACUACAUGAACUGCGGCUACCAUAGCCACAACCAGUCGAGCAAAACUUGGAGAGGUUAAACUAAGGUAGAGAGCAUUAGUUUAACUACAACUGUAUAUAGAGCUUUAGGAGGUGCUGGUUCACGACUUGUGGUGCUAACCCACGAGAGGCACUGUCGUAAGGUCGUGUGUAUGUUGCUUUGUAUUAGACACUGCAACCAAUUUUUCAGCCUUUACGUAUGUCCCCGUUGAUAAUGACCACUGCCUUCAUCCGUCCCUUCGAGUUCACCGGCCCUUGUAACAGUAGCCAAUUUGCUUGCCAACUUUGCUGGUCCUUGCUCAUCAUGUGGGAGCUGUCAUGUACUAUGAUUUGACUGAUCUGAACAGACCAUGGUUAGAGCCUUUUGUGGCAAAGGAGUGAAUGACACUUCGUUUGUCUUUCUUGA